AGGAAGGCGGAGAAGAGAAUGACGAACACCAGAUGCACCAAAACAAUAUUUUCUCAAAAUUCCUAAGCAAUUCUAUGAAGAUAUCCCACUGCCUCCACUGAAACCAUAAAAACUAAAUCUUUUCUCUCCAAUCGUGGCUGUGGUGGUGGUGGUCGAAAAGCUCUGAUGCUGCACAUUUCUGAAAGCUGAGCCGCCUUGGAGACCUCCUCCUUCGUCUCGAAUUUCUCAGGCAGAGGUCGUGAGAUGGGCAUCCGAAUUUUGCUCUCUUCCAAGGAGAAUGGAACUUGAGUUUUGGAAGGGAAAAAAAAAAAAAAAACUCUUGCAGGUUUUUGAAUUGGAAUUUGUCAUCUGGGUGAUGCCUCCAGGUUGCCCCAGUGCUGGCGCAGCAACUCAUUUAGUUUUGGAUCAAAUAGGGGAAAAGGAGAGAUUUCAGAAUAAGGGGUUGAAUAUAUUGCAGUACUGGGGAAGUGAAAGGAUAGCGGGAGAGAAGGAGAGACUAGUGAAAGGUUUUUCAGAAUGGUGAGACGAACUCGAUCCCAAGCCAAAGGCAUUUCUGACUCGGAGCUUCAGUCUCAGGAUUCUCGGUCUCCAACCACGACUGCUAUUUCAUUAAACCCUCCUCCUCCAACUUCUUCCAAACUUUCAUUUCGGGCUCGAAAAAUUCGAAGAGUCACAUCCGAUGCUGAUGAUAACAAACGCCCCCAGAUUCCCGACGCAGAAGCAUCCAGGACUUCACACUCGGAGGCCAAUACUUUCAUUACGGAGAAGGAAACCCCAUCCGCAUCGCCCUCCGUUUUGCCCAUGAUCGUUAAGCCGUUGACGUUGAAAAGUGAAAUCGAUCUCGCUCUUCAGCAUUUGCGCCUGUCUGAUUCCCUCUUGGCGUAUUGUAUCGACUCUUUUCGCCCUCCUGAGUUCCCUACUCAUCGCCCGGCAUUCCUGUCUCUCACAAAAAGCAUUGUUUGCCAGCAACUUUCUAACCAGGCCGCCAAAACGAUCCACACACGCUUCGUCUCACUCUGUGGAGGUGAGGCUUCAGUUCUGCCUGAGACAGUGCUUGGACUGACGGUACAGCAGCUUCGAGAAGUUGGAAUCUCUGGACACAAAGCGGGUUACAUCCAUGAUCUGGCAAGCAAAUACAGGGAAGGUUUACUAUCAGAUUCUUCAAUACUUGAAAUGGAUGAUGAGACCCUCUUUAAUAAGCUUACUAUGGUUAAGGGGAUUGGGCCUUGGUCAGUGCACAUGUUCAUGAUCUUCACACUUCACAGACCGGACGUUCUUCCUGUAGGGGAUCUGGUUGUUAGAAGAGGCGUGGAGCGAUUGUAUGGCCUCAAAGCAUUGCCAAAGCCUUCACAAAUGGAGAAAUUAUGCGAGAAGUGGAAGCCAUAUAGGUCUGUUGGGGCUUGGUAUAUGUAUAGGCUCAUGGAAGCAAAAGGGGUUUUGCCGACAUUGUCAGCAGUAGAAGUGGCGGGAAGUACCGUGACAGAGCAGCAACAGACCGAAUAGCCUCGUCAAUGUUACCCUUUCAAUGGAAAUGCAAGCCUAUAAAUUGGAAUUAUGUGUCUUGCUAAUCUUCAAUUGCGUGGUAAAUCUGUAUUUGGUUUGCUAUUCCAUUAUCAUGCAAGUUUAAUCUAGCAUCCAUUGACCCCUCAUUUUUGAAGUUCGAUUGGACUUCUCAAAUCUGCACACACACACAUCAUUUUAUAUUUGGGUAAUCGGGCGUGGUUAUAUUUAUUCGAAACGAAACGUUUGUUUGGUGAUAUCGCGUCUCGUAGGCGUGUCUUAGUGGAAAUGUAAAAUCUGUGUGAUUGAUGAAAAUGAAAGAAAAGGGGCUGCCGGAUUCAACUCUUCUGUAAGAUUUC